AUGAGAGUUUCUUUACUGACUAAUUUAGUAGCAGCACUGUUAGCUUCAGUUUGCGCGGCUCUUUCGAACCAGGCUUUGGCCAAAGAAGCCUCCAAACAAAAAGGUGUUAUCAAAUUGACCAAUGCCAACUUUGAAAAAGUGCUGGGAGGACAAAAAGAUGCGUACUUGGUUGUUUUGCUGACUUCCACAAACCCUGCCAUUGGCUGCACUUUGUGUGCAGAACUAGAACCGGAAUUCGAUUUGCUGACGGAAUCCUGGCUGCAUGACCAUCCAGCUGGGCUUUCUGCAGACGGAGAACGAGCACUUUUCUUCGCCAAAGCAGACUUCGACGCCAAGAAAAACAGUAAGGUGUUUGUGCACUUCAACGCAAACAAUGUGCCCCGUCUUUUGUUCAUAAGUCCCGAAAACGCCUUUGGCACAUUCAGCCAAAUCAACCUGCCCGGGGAACCUGGCAUGACCAGAGUGGCAGCCAUCAUGAGCGCUCUAAAAGAAGCUACCGGAAUAGCAGACUUCGAAUUGCACCAGCCCAUCAACUGGGGCUCAAUUGCCGUCACUGCUGUCGCCACUGCCGUUAUCGUAGCUGUUGUCAGAAGAAAUAAAGCCCUGGCCGCGAAAUUGGUCGCUUGCAAAUCCAUCUGGGGACUUGGAACAGUUUUCAUUAUAGUGAUCUGGAACUCGGGAUACAUGUUCAACGCCAUCAGGGGAAGUCAAUUUGCGGGCAUGUCUCAGAAUGGCGACGCUGUAAUCUAUUUCAUGGAGGGUCAACAACAAAAUCAGUUUGGGAUCGAGACCCAGAUCGUCAGUGUCAUAUAUGGAAUCCUGGCAGCUUGCACUGUGGGCCUCAUCACAUUCGUUCCCUACGCUGCGAACUUUUAUGCUAAAGACAAGACAGGCAGGCCGUCCCCUUCGAAAGCUUCGUUCGUCGAAAUGAUUCUCACACUUUCCUUCCUGAUCACGUUGUAUGCCGUUUACAGCGCACUCAUGGCAGUUUUCGGCUUGAAAAGCUCGGGGUACCCAUUCAGACUCUUACGUCUUCCUGGUAAAUACUAG